CAAUUUCCCUCCACACCAAUGGCGUGCAGACGGGGACUGCGAACGUAGGCGCCGGAUUGAUAUAUUCGACCUUGGAGAGAUGAUGUCUGUCGCCAGGUGUACAGCGUACUCCGUAGUUAUCUCGUCAAGGCAAGCACGUUCAUUGGGUCCAGCGCGUAAAGGUUUUUCCGGGGCCCUUCCGACCAGGCACCAGCCCGUAUUUGGUUGGCUGUUAACAGUACAUCACAUGUUGCUGCUGAUUGUGUCUAUAUAUCUGGGCUUCUAUUCUCCGCCAGACCGAGUGAAGUAUUUCUUGUUCAUUUCCUGUAUCUAUCUGCCAGUCACCCAGACCUUUUUCCGCAAGGUCUAUAUUUACAUGCGCGUAAGCGGACAAGAGGGGGUCAAGUAGUCCAGUGAACUGCGGCCCUUAAAAGAAAUACAAUCACUUACCGUCUCCUCAACCCGCUAGCUCUGUUUUCUAUUCAUUCAUCUCCAGCUUCUUAAAUAUUUCCCUUGGAUUUUCAUGCCUCUUUUCUCUCUUAUCAGUUUGUUCCAUUUUGUAAAAGUGGAAAAGCAACAUUAUCAGCUCCUCUAUCACCUUGUAUUGUGCACCACCCCCUGAAUUGUCCCCAACCUUGUAUUGCACCAAGGCAAGCUAAAAAUGCACCUUCUAAACUUGCCCCCGGAACUCUUACAAUCCAUCUUCGACUAUUCCUCCGUCACCAACUGUCUCCAGGCAGCUUACUCCUGCCACACGCUCUUUGCAGUUCUCUCAAGUUAUCGGAAGGGGCUUUUGUACCAACUGUCCCAACUGCCCUCUCCUCUCAGCACCCUCAGUACCAUCAACGUUACCGCCAGCAGUAGUGGUAGCAAUAGCGGCAAUGACCUCGCUACUAAAAGCACAGCAGAGCUCUUCCUCCUGCUCCGGAGACGAGCAGCCCAGCAGCUCCGCGGGGCCAAUUUCCACGCCAACCAAAGCGUAUAUACGUUUGGUGAGGACAUUCCCAAAAUUGACACCCUAGCAUCUGCCAUAGGGCCCAACCACAGAGAUCCGAAUGUAGCGUUAGUGCAGAAGGGUGUACCAAAGGUUUUCCUGUAUUUUGUUUCUGGGGGUCAAAUGCUACCUCGGGGUGUGCUGGAGCCCAUCUUCGUAUGUCCAGGGAAUGUGGAGGUGAUUAAGGUAAUUUUUGGCGAAGAAGGGAAUAUGAUUUCUGUAUUGCAGAGAUUUACGCCUUUUCCGGGGGCAAAGCAGGGAGAGAAGGGGACGCAGGGGGUUGCCGAAAAUCGAACGGGCAAUGGGGAUGGGAAGACGACAAGAUAUAAACACCCCUUUGAAGAGGAGGCGAUGAGGCCGUACCAGGAAGAAAGCACGCAGCUCGUGCAUUACCAUCGCAGCAAGCCGGGGUCGAGAUAUUCGCGCGUGACGAUUUCUGCGUUUCCGGGUCAAGAUGAGUAUCGCCCGUUGGCGAUUGCUGUAGAUGAUCAGCACUUGGUGGCUAUAUCAUGGCAGCACAAGCAGGAUCUUGACAGGCGCAUGAUUAUUCUCCAUGCAACGCAUGGAGAUGAGACUGCAGAGGACAUGGAACUCGCAUACCAAGUCUACAACGACAAUAUAAUCAUCGACGAAGAUGGAACCAUGCCCUACGACAACCGCUACCAACGGCCGCGAAACGUAGGGCGUAUCGAACCCAUAAUUCAAAUGGCCUUCAACGACAACGCCACCCAGCUACUCUACUACCACCCUUCCUCAACCAUAUACGGCCACUUCCAACGCAUCGAGGUGGAAGCCGGCAGCAUGACAAACACAAGCGGCUUCCUCCGUAACUCGUGCUGGGUAAAAUACUACGACACCAACAUCGACGACGUGCAAGAAGACGACCUAAAAUUCACCAUCGCCAUCCCCUUCUUCAGCACGCAUGAGACGCGCUCCCACGACCCGACCCGUGAGCUCUGCCACUGGAAAUACCUAGCCCUCGGCACCGCGAUAGACAAACACGGCGAACUCGUCGCAUGCAUCCUCAUGUCAGAAGCGCAAUGCCGCGCCUCCCACUGCUUGCACAUCGAGAACCUCGACCGUGGCCGGCGCUUUGACAACUGGCGCGUCGUUGCGCGGCUGGCCGGGUAUAGCACAAGCAUGAACUCGUUGCCGGGAAUCGUGGCAGCAUCACCACGUGCGACGCGUCUGGCGAUUGCGAAUUGGAAGACCAUUACGGUGUGGCCUUUGGAUCCGCGGGCGAUUAUUGAGCGGAAUGCGGAUGGUGUGUACCCUGAGAGCAUGAUUGAUGUCGGGGUCACGGGUGCGGUGUUGUUAGAGCCCGUGGUGUUGGAGAGCGAGGCCGUGUGUUUCAGGUUGCGGUUCGGGGAGACGGAGGACGAGAUUGUUUCAUUGACAGAUCGCGGGGUUAUGAGGUGGGAAAUUAGGGCGGGGGCAGUGGGGAGGAAGGAAGGGGUUGUUUUGAAGAUUCCGAAUGGUGCUGUGGGGAAUGAGGAGGACAGCGACGAAGAGGGUGAGGACGGGAAGAGGGCGAAGAGGAGGAAGAGGGAGGGGCCGGGAUCCGACGUGGACAUGGAUGAGGAGGGGAUCUUUCUGUAUGAAGGUGAUGGAGAGGCGGAGAAUGAGGAUGAGAUGGGUGACGAAAGGGAUGAGGAGAUGCAAGAUGAUGAUACCGAUAAUGAGAUGGAUGUGCAAUAAUGCCCCUGAAAUGGAACGGGGCGUCAUACGUUGGUACUUGAGGAUGAGCGGAAACUUGGAAAAAGGCGGAGGAUUGCUGCGUUUGCGCCUUUUUUUAAAUUUUUAAAUUUUAAUUUGCGCUGUUUUCCAGGAUUUAGGCCAUUUAUCAAGUCAAUUUUUUCACGAAGUUGAUUGUUAGAGCCUGGUAAGGAUGACAUUCUUCACGAAGCGUGUUCGUUUUCAGUGCAACAUCGCAUGCCGAUAUAUGUAUAUCUCGAGAGAGCGUAGAUCACGAGAAUCUGUAAAUUACGCUAUGCAUAUUUAGAAGAAAGAACAGUAAACGCAGAUUAUGGGUGUGCGGAGUUUUCAAGAUUCUUUGCCGAGAUACGCAACCAGAAAAUCCAUAUUUAUCUAUUAGAAGCAUGAUCGAAUUGUACAACCACAGUGUUCAUAUAUGUACUCCGUAUGUUAUAUGGAAAAUACUGUCACGGUGGAUCAUCC